AUGGAUGAUGUACAAGAAGAAGUAAUGAGGACUCAAAGUCCCAAAUCAUAUUUAUAUUCAACUAUUGCACAAACUCAUUUAGGUGAAAUUUCUUCAAUUAUAAUAACUACAUUAAUUUCGAACGGUCGAUUAACAAUACGAGAAUUGAAUGUUCGAACAAAGCUAUCGAUAAAAACAAUUAAAAAAGCAUUAGUUUCAUUAAUUCAAUUAAAUUGUAUCUUUUAUUGGCAAGAAUUAAAUAAUAUUUUUUAUUCAUUUAAUGAGAUUGGUAUAUUGAAAUUUUUACAUUCGGGAGAUAUUUUAAAUCAUAUAACAAAGAAAUUUGGUGAAGAAGAAGCAGAAAUUAUUCAAAAUGUUUUAACUUUUGGUCAUAUUAAAAUUAAUGAUUAUCUUUCUGAAUAUGAUGAAAAAACAAAGAUUAAAAAACAGGAACUAUUUAUGAAAUUAUUUUCAGAUAAAUGGAUUGUUAAAUUGAAUCAGUUUAAUUUUAAUCCUAUUAAUGAUAUUUGGAAUAAAAUUUUUCACGAUAUUUUGAAAAAUACACCACGUUCAUCUUCUCAAUCUGAAAUCAAAAGGGUUGCUGAAGCUAAAGAAAAGACGAGGGAACAAUUAAAAUUAUUACUUGAAAAAUCUCAAGCAAAUAUAUAUAUCACUCAAAAUGGUAUCAAGAAAUUAGAUCCAAAUUUAAUUGUCACUUUCAAUUUAUCUAGAUUUCAAAAACAUUUAAGAACAAACGCAUUUGUUAAUUUAGCAAAACUGAGAAUUGGUAUAUUGACUGCUGAAAUUUAUAAAGUUGCAUUAGAAACAAUUGAAAACAAUUCACCAGAUUUAACAGAUGCAGAAAUGGAAAUUAAUGGAUUGUUGUCUGGACCAACUGAUGUUGAAGAUCAUUUAUUAAAUAUGGAAGGUAAUUUAUUAAGAGAUAAUAAAAUUGUAUUUAAUGCAAGAGAUAUAAGUUUGAAAUUGACUAAAAAAAUAGUUUUAACAGGUUCAAUUCAAACAGGGGGUAGACUGUCACAAUUUGAACAUGAUGAACAACAACCAAGUAAAAAAAUUAAAUUAGAAAAUGGUGAAAGUUCAAAUAUUGUAAUAGAACAUUCACAAGAAACGGUCCAAAAUCAUUUAAAUUUAUUAGCUUCUGGAGUAACAAGUUUUAUAACUCAGGUAUCACCAGGUAGAUAUACAGUCCCCUUUUAUAACCUAACUAAAAAAUUGAAAUUAUUUAAUUUUGAAUAUUUAAUAAAAGCAACCUUAAAAGAACAUUCAUUUAGAGUAUUUCGUUGUGUGUUGGAACAAAAAUUAACUGAUGAAAAAUCAAUAAGUAAUGCAGUAUUAUUAAAAGAAAAACAAGUUAGAACUGAAGUUUAUCAUUUAAUUAAAAAUGGAUUUAUUGAAAUUCAAGAAAUCCCAAGAAGUGCAGAUAGAGCAGCAAGUAAAACUUUUUAUUCAUUUAGAUCAAAAUUAAAAUUUGAUUAUGAAUUUUUAUUAAAUUGUUUAAUUUAUGAUCUUGGUGAAUGUUUAAAUAUAAUUCAAAAUUUUAAAUUUGAAAAUAAAAUUUUAUUAGAAAAAUGUAAUAGAAUUGAUGUUAAAGGUAAAGAAAAUGAAUUAUUAAUGGAAUCUGAAUUGAAAACAUUACAUAGUUUACAGAAUAGAGAAAUUAAAUUUAUGGUUAAAUUUAAUAGAAUAAAGUCUUUAUACGAUAUUUUUAGUUUAUGA